AACAACAAAUAAUUUCAGUCAGCUGUCAAAAAUCUUCCUAAAAUCCUCGAAAGGAGAUGCAAAAAAGUUAUUGAAAGAAAAUUCAAAAAUUAAAGUAGAAACUAAUUAAAAUAUAAUAAAAUAAACAACAAUUAAGUUUUUGUAUUUUUAAUAAAGUGUUGUGUUGGUUAAAGUUGAAUUUUCAAUCCCAAAGAGACGGAGAACUUUUCAUUUAGUUAUUCGUCGUUGUAGUCGUUUCUCGCUUAGAGGAUUCUCUUGUGAUUUUAUUUUGUUGAAAGGUUUUUUCUCCCCAAAGAGGAGACAUCAAUUAUAAAAUUUUCAAGGUUGCACAAAAAUAAUAGCAGCCACUUGCACUUUUCACCCUUACCUCUUGCCCAGCACCUCUCACACCCACAUCCUUUGUAAUAAAAAAAGAAAACUUAAGAGAAGGAGGAAGAAGAAAAAAUCAAGAAAAAGAAAUGGAACCGCCAAGCACAUUCCAUCCCUGCGAUGAAGCUGUUAUUGCAACAAACGACGAUGCCAGUGAUUGCAAGAGAAGCGCUGUCCGACUGGGCUACUGGAAGGACGAUUACAUUGGGUUUUUCGUUCGCAAUCAGGAACGCAAAGCCCCGGAAAUCAAUCGGGGCUACUUUGCGCGGGUCAAGGGCGUUGAAAUGUGUGUAGAGAAGUUCCUCAAGAAAACAAACGGUAAUUGCCAGAUAAUCAAUCUUGGUUGUGGCUUCGACACAAUGUACUGGCGUCUGCGGGACACAGCGCAUCAGGUGAAGAAUUUCAUUGAACUGGACUUUCCCACUGUCACUGCCAAGAAAUGCUAUACCAUCAAGCGCAAUAAGGUGCUUCUCUCCAAGAUUCACGACGAAGAUGGCGAAGUCAAAUUGAGUCCGACAGAUUUGCAUGGACCAAGCUAUCAUCUAAUGGGUGUCGAUCUGAGAAAUGUUGACGAAGUCGAUCAUAAAUUGCAACAAGCCGAAAUUGAUUACACAUUGCCAACGAUUUUCCUUGCCGAAUGCGUUCUUGUGUACAUCGAAGCACAAAAUUGCAGAAAUUUGUUAAAAUGGAUUGCUAGUAAAUUUCAAACUGCUGUUCUCGUCAACUAUGAGCAGGUCAACAUGAAUGACAGAUUCAGCGAUGUUAUGGUGAGCAAUUUACGCGCUCGCGGUUGUAGUUUAGCCGGUGUUGAAUCAUGCCUCUCACUGGACACACAAACAUCACGAUUCAUAGAUUGUGGCUGGACUGGCAGCCGCGCAUGGGACAUGGUUCAAGUCUAUCAGAGUAUUACACCCAGUGAGAGACAUCGAAUCGAAAGAAUCGAAAUGUUAGACGAAGGUGAAUUAUUAUUGCAACUAUUUCAACAUUACUGCCUUGUGGUAGCAUGGAUUGGUGAACUUUUCCAGGACAUCGAAAUUACAGUUGAAAAACAAAUGUCUACAUUGAAUAUUGACUAAAGAGCAGUCUUUCGUUUACCAAUUAAAUAUUUUGAGACGGUCGUCAUUGUGUAAAGGACUUAAAUUUCUUCUUUAUUUUUAAAAUUUUUGUUUUUACAGGAACUUCCAAAUAAAUUAAAUAAAAUAAAACAUUAUUAAAUAAAAAUAUGUCAAAAGUGAGAGAAAAAGAAAGUUGUUGAGCAACGUUAUAGACGUUUUUUUUUAUAAUUUUAUUUGACUUGAUUUUUGCACAAUUCUUUUAUAUCUUAAAAAUAACUUGGGAUAUGUGUUCUUAUUUUUUUUAAUUUUCUUUAAAAGAAAAACCUUUAAAUGAAGAGAUAUUUAUAUGGAAAUUUUAUAUUUAAUUUCGAUUUAAUCUUAAUAUUAAAGUGAAUUGUGAAUAAUGUACGAAUAAAAAGACUUUGUUUUGUUUUGAACAUACACAUUAAAACUUAUUUUUGGUUUGCAAAAA